UUCUGUGUUUCCAUUUCCACCCAUGGUUCUCUCGCUCGUUCUAAGCACUGCUUGCUGGUUGGCGCGGGCAAAGAAACUGGCGUUUGCUCACAUUACCGACACAUAGAGUGUAGAUCGUCAAGACUGACUUCUUGCCUGGAUUAACAAAUUCAUCAUCUUAGACCAUUUAAAAUUAAAAAAUGGAUAUGAAAAAGAGAAUCCAUUUGGAACUGCGGAACAGAACGCCGUCUGAUGUACGAGAGCUUGUUCUGGACAACUGCAGGUCAAAUGAAGGUAAAAUUGAAGGCCUGACGGCAGAGUUUGAGAACCUGGAGUUCCUCAGCUUGAUAAAUGUUGGCCUGAUAUCUGUCGCAAACCUCCUUCGCCUUCCCAAACUGAAAAAGCUUGAACUAAGCGACAACCGGAUUUCUGGAGGGUUAGAUGUCUUGGCAGAGAAGCUUCCCAAUCUCACACACCUAAAUCUCAGUGGAAACAAACUGAAAGACAUCAGUACAUUGGAGCCCCUGCAAAAGCUUGAAAACUUGAAGAGCCUAGAUCUUUUUAACUGUGAGGUGACGAACCUAAAUGACUACAGAGAAAGUGUAUUCAAGCUCCUCCCGCAGCUCAUGUACCUCGACGGGUACGACCAGGAGGAUCUGGAGGCUCCGGAUUCUGAUGCAGAAGCCGAUGGUGUGGAUGAUGAUGAGGAUGAUGAAGCUCCCCGGCCAUUGCACCGGCGCGGGGGCUUUGCACUGUCUUCACGUUGGAGCCAGUGCCAGUCACCGGAGACAUCAGGACCAACGGGACACCGGCCCCCAGGCCCACUGCAAGCACGGAGAUCCCAGAGACCCACAGCCAGCAGCAGCCCAGCCCCGUUCCAAUUCCAGAGGAACACGCUCCCCGUAGGGACAGAAACUGAUGGUGUGCAAGAAGGUGAGGAAGAGGAAGAAGAUGAUGAGGAGGAAGAUGGAGAGGAAGAAGUUGAUGAUGAGGAGGACGAAGAUGAAGAGGGGGAAGAUGACGAAGAUGAAGUAAGCGCAGAGGAAGAGGAGGGAUAUGGACAGGAUGGUGAGAUCGAUGACGAGGAAGAUGAAGACGAGGAAGAUGAGGACGAAGAUGAAGAUGAAAGCGCAAAAGGGCAGAAAAGAAAACGAGAUACGGACGAUGAAGGUGAAGAAGAUGAUGAUUAAGAAUCCAAGUGACCUGAAAGACUAUUUAGUACUGGGUGGACUUUACUGCCCUCCCUUUUUGCCCUUCCCGCCCCUCUUGAGCCCUACCCCAGAUUGGCGACUUGCUGGUUACCAUCGCAGCACUGAAGUAUCACUGAACCAGCAGUAGUCACUCUCUUGACAUUCCAUGUAUUUAUAAUGCAGUUAAUCCGUAUUCCAUGGAGUAGUAAAACUGGGUAGAAUUUGGUCCAGUGCUUUUAUGAUGUUGGGGUUUCUUAGGUUUCCUGCUAAGACUAUUACCAUUGCAACAAGAACAGAUGAAGUGAUUUGGAUAGUCAUGUUUAUAAAAUGGCUGCCUGUUACAGAGAGGUUAUAACAUUGAUCUUUAUGUAAGUCAAAAGCUUUGUAAAUAAAAUCUUAAAAUUUUGGAUUUGUUCUACAUUGCAAUACCAUUUUGGGUGUUAUUUACAAAUGCAAGAUGUUUCUAAACUAACAGUUUUUGGAAAGUUAAUAAAUGGUUUCUUUUAAAAA